UCUGAGAAAUUCUUAAAUGGGAUUAGAACAAAUAGCAUUUACUUAGAAGAAAAGACGUCAAUUUUGAAGUUAUAGAUAAAGAAACCUGACAAGGGAGUACUAGGUUUGUUGAGGCACAAAUGAAGUCACGUUUGAACAUAAAGUAGCAGUUGUUUCUCUAAAUAGUACAAUAGUUGUUGACAUUUUCUAAUGAAUGGUUUGUCAUGAUGGACACCUGUAUAGUAGAAAGUAAUUAUCACUUAAUGUAAUUUUAGAUCACCUUGGGAAUACGAGUAUAAUUGAUUUUCGUUCAUAAUUACAGCAAUUGACAAUUUCUAGGGCUUAUUGAUUGAUUUUGUCAUUGGCGGGAAGAAAUAUAUCUAUUAACAGAGCUAUGAAUGUGCACUUUGUUAGAAUUGUUACAUGAAUUAACAUCAUAUUGAAUAUUAAUGACCACAUUUUGGAGUUAUACCAGUACAGACAAUUUGGAACUUAAAAUGAGGGGAGUACAGUUAGACGAACCCUCAACGCCUAUUACUAAACAGUGGAACCAAGACUUGCAAGAGUUCGUUCGAAAUCUGUCUUCACCAAAACUUGAUCUCACAAACCAAUCACAAUCAAUUGAUUUAAAACAAGAGGACGAAGUAAUGAGACUACCAUCAGAAUUGUGUACAGAAAUGAAAGACAAGUGCACAGUUUCUUGUGAAAAAACAAAGGAAAAAUCAACACCAAAGAAUUGGAGAAAAAGAAUAAUGGACAGAAAAAGUAGUGCGGGAAAAAUAAGUUCAUUAGACAUUGAUGAAGCAGUUGAGUUAUCUUUUGACAGUACUUCAUCUUCAUCGGGUCUUAAAGACAGUAAAGUAACAUUUACUUGUGAUACCUCUCCCGAAACAUCAGACUUUGACCUUCAUUCAGACACAAAGUCAGUAGAUUCUAAACAAAGCUAUACGAAGAAAGACAAAGAAUCCAAACGCAGACGAUUUAAAAGAAUGAUAACACGGCCAUUACGUCGGAGUCAUAGUGCUGGUUGUACCAAUGACAUUCCUGCACAUGCACUAUUUGUUGACUCUGAUCCAAGUCAAAAUGGAGAUACGAUGGAAAGUCGUGCUAUGGAAUUAUCAUUAUAUCACCAGAGAUUUAGAAGUGAUAGUGAUGGUACAACAGACAGAGAACAAACAAGAAGAGUUCAUAAAACAUGUUCUGCAGAUGCUGCAAUGAUGAACUCUCCGGAUUUUAUGACCAAUACUUCACAACCAAAAUCUAAAUCGAGAAAUUCAGGGUUUAAGAAUAUGAAGAGGAAAUUUCAAAAUCUACGACGUAGAAACACGGACACGGCACUAGUUCCUAAAUUUUCUCUACCUCUGCAUUUCACGAUUCCAACAUAUGAUCAAGCCUUUCAGUGGAGUAAAUCAUUUGAAUCACUGUUAACUGAUAACAGUGGUUUGGAACUAUUCAAGGGAUUCUUGAAGUCUGAAUUCAGUGAAGAGAACUUGGAGUUUUGGAUUGCCUGUGAGGAAUUCCGUUUUUGUAAAGAAUUUAAUGUUCCGGUGCUUGCACAGAAAAUAUAUAGCGACUAUGUUGCUUUCCAGGCACCGAAAGAGGUGAAUUUAGAUUCAACCACAAGGAUGACAACAGUUUCAAACUUAGAAAACCCUUCAAAACAAACAUUCGAAGUGGCACAGCACAAAAUUCAGGCAUUAAUGGAAAAGGACUCAUAUCCAAGAUUCAUAGAGUCAGAACUAUAUCAGCAGAUAUUAGAAAGUGUGUCGAAAGUAUGAAGCUACAAUCGUAAAGCUAUUAAAUAUCAUGAUUCUAUAUCAUCCCCCGGAAAGCACCUGUUCCCUGAAAGCGACAUACCGAUAGCUACGAUCUACAUUACGUGAAUGUAGAUGAUAGAAGUGGAGAAUUGUAAACAGGCAUAUUCCUACAUCAGCAUUUGAUAGUGCAUAUAUAAUUUAUCACGAUUCAUAAUCAAUUGACAAUAAUAUGGUUUUUAAAAACAUCAUAAAAAUUAUAUAGAAGUCGAUUGAAAAAUAGUUUGUUGUGAAGAACAUUGUGUUUCACCAGGAACAUAAGUAUAGUACUGUUCCCAGGUUUCACAAAAAGGUUCGACGUGGACUAAUGAAGUCAAUUCUGUUCAUGAUCAAAGAAAGACAACUAGAGCAUACUACUCAUUGACGUUUCUCUUAAACUGAAAUCCACUAGUGUAUUACGCUACACUCAAACAAAACUAGUUAUGAUCAAAGUGUAGUAGUCAGUCGAGAACCAGCUUACGAUUCUCUCGGAUAACACAUUGUAACAAUACCAGACUGCUUACUUGCAUUCAUUUUAUCAUAUUUAUUUUAAAAAUGUCUGACGUUUUGUUAAUAUAUUUUAAACAUUAUAUUUGCGUUCACAUGUUUUUAUAUUUUAUGUGGGAUAUCAAAUAAUUUAUAAUGUAAAUAAAUUAAAAUAGAAUGUUGAUUUGUUUACAUUGUUGUUUUAUUGAAUAAAUUUUUAUACCGAA